GGUGUCUUGGCUGAGACUCUUCUGUGAGAACCUGAACCUGAUCUUUUUAGAAACAAGUCUCUGGGAAUUUGAGAAGGUAGAGGCAUCACACUCAGUGAUGAAGACUGUCAUCCUGCUCGCGCUUCUCUGGGGUCUGGCCUGUGCCCUCCCAGUGGCCAGGUAUCAGGACACGGCAUCUGAGAGCUCUGAGGAAUGGACGGGUCAUCUGGUUUCAUCGCCAACACCAUCUGUGGGGAAUGAGUCAUCACAAGAAAGUAAAGUUAGCUCAGAGGAACAGGCAAAUGAAGACCUCAGUGACAGCCCGGAGACUGCGGAAGACUUGACCUCUGAUGAUGACCACUACGUGUCUAGACCAGCUGGUGGUCUGGCUAGGAGCGCAGGGAGAGAAGGAGAUGAUAAGGAAGAUGAUGAGGACGACAGUGGAGAUGACACCUUUGGUGAUGAGGACAAUAGUCUGGGGCCCAGAAAGGAUCGAGAAGGUGGCAUCUCCAGACUGGACAGUGGGGAGGAUUCUGCUGAUACCACACAGUCCAGAGAAGACAGUGCCUCCCGAGAGGACAGCACUGAACAUCUGGCCAGCGAUAGCAGGGAACUUGAUGGUGAAGAUGGGGUAGACAGUAAGAGUGAAGAGCACUGGGAGGGAGGUGACAGUGAGGGGGACAGCAGCCAUGGGACUGGCUUGGAGUUUCAUGACAACGGAAUGCAGAAUGAUGAUCCAGACAGCACCAGGAGGGAGGGAGGCAGCUCCAGAAUGGACAGUACCAGUGUCAAAUCCAAGGAAUCACAAGGGGUCCUUAAGCAGGAGGGCACUCAGGACUCAGGUGACAAACAGUCAGUGGGGUCUCCCAGUAGGAAGUUUUUCAGGAAAUCUCGCAUUUCUGAGGAAGACGACAGAGAUGAUCUGGAGGAUAGCAACACGGUUGAAGACCUCAGGAGUGACCUCACAGACAGCACUGACUCCCAAGAGGACAGCCCAGGCCAGGAAGACAGCAAGAGUGACUCUCAAGAGGACACCAGUGAGAGUCAGUCCCAUGAGGAUGAGGAUGAGCAGGACACCAGCAGUGAGUCCAGCCAGGAGGUGGACACCCCAUCCCAGGAGAGUAGCAGUGAGUCCCAGGAGGAGGUGAUGGCCGCUGAGUCCAGGGGUGACAACCCAGAUGCCACCAGCCAGCCAGACAGUGAUUCCAGUGAGGAGGACAGCUUGAAUACCUUUUCCAGCUCCGAGAGCGAAUCCAGAGAGCAGCAAGCUGACAGUGAGUCCAACGAGAGCCUCAGGCUCUCAGAGGAAAGUCAGGAGUCCUCUGAGGAUGACCAUAGCUCUAGCCAGGAGGACCUGCAGUCCUGGAGCACAUCCACAGAGAGUCAGAGCCAGGAGAGCUCAUCCAGGGAAGACACCGACAGCAAUUCUCAGGAUGCCAGCUGGUCAAAAGAGGACAGCAACUCCACGGAGAGCACCUCCAGCAGCGAGGAGGACUGGCUGCCCAAAAACAUGGAGGCUGAGAGCAGGAAACUGACGGUGGACUUGUACCACAACAAGCCCAUUGGGGACCAAGAUGACAAUGACUGCCAGGAUGGCUACUAGCGUCUGCUGCCCUAAGACAUGCUCUCACAGAAAGGGGUCCUGGGCUUGAGGACAGGGAAAUUAACAUAACUGUAAUUUAUUGACAUUUUGAUCUGAAAGACCAGUUAUUACUUUCUGAAAGGAAUUGCUGGAUACCGCAGGGUUCCGAGAGCGGCACCGUUCUGUAGAAGUUCAAAUAAUGUGGGGGGGGGGCGUAUACCAGGGUAUAUUCUAUGAGUUUGGAAGCAGGGAGAGAGGUGCCUCACUGCUCUGCUGCUGAAAGAGCUCUGAGCUCAUGAACCCGACAGAUGGUUGCUGGAGUUCUGGGGUACACCAGGCAUGGUACAAGGUGCUAGGGACACAGCAAAGCUUUAAACUCACUUCUUGCUGCUGAGGAGGUUCUAGAGUGACACAGAGUUAAAGAGCGGCAUAGAGGACAGCAGGAAUCAUUACAAUCCAUGUGGUGAAGGCCAAGGGGAAGACAGGAAUGAAGCAUGUGGGAGGACAGAAAGAGGUGACCAACUUUCCCCAGAGUUAGUGGGACACGGUGGAGAAACGGCUGGAACUGGAGGAUGGAGGAGCAUUUCUCCUUUGAAGGCAGGAAAAUUCUAUCUACUCUGGAGAUAAACAGUAGGCUCUCUCACAUGAUGAAAUACUUACUUUAAUGGCACUUGAAUUGGCACAAUGAGGUGUUUUGGAUAAACAAAACACUUUUUUUCCAAUUAAUGUAUCUUACUUAGUGUUACUUUUUUGUGGAGCUCCCAUGACAGCAGCCUCAUUGGUGAUGGUAAGAGGACUGGGGAGGAGACAGCAGAGAAAGAAAUUCUCCUUUACUUACAGAAAUAUUAGCACCAUGUUUUCUAAAAUUGGUUUAUGUGCAAUGCCAGGAAAAUGUUCUCUGGUCUCUCUUCACUUGUUGCAAAGUUCUGUAUAUAAGAACCAAUGAAUUUUAUUAAAUACCAUUUGAAAUGUUACCUCAACAUAAAAUAUUUGUUUUGUAAUAAAGAAUAAU